AUGGGUGCCUACAAGUAUUUAGAAGAAUUGCAAAGAAAGAAGCAAUCUGAUGUCAUGAGAUUCCUCUACAGAGUCAGAUGUUGGGAAUACAGACAAAAGACUGUUGUCCACAGAGCUUCUAGACCAUCUAGACCAGACAAGGCUAGAAGAUUAGGAUACAAGGCCAAGCAAGGAUUUGUUAUCUACAGAAUCAGAGUUAGAAGAGGUGGUAGAAAGAGACCUGCUCCAAAGGGUGCCACUUACGGUAAGCCAACCAACCAAGGUAUUGCUCAAUUGAAGUACCAAAAGUCUUUGAGAUCCACUGCUGAAGAAAGAGUUGGUAGAAGAGCUGCUAACUUGAGAGUCUUGAACUCUUACUGGGUUAACCAAGAUUCCACCUACAAGUACUUUGAAGUCAUUCUUGUUGACCCAUCCCACAAGGCCAUCAGACGUGAUGCUAGAUACAACUGGAUCGCCAACCCAGUUCACAAGCACAGAGAAGCUAGAGGUCUUACCGGUGCUGGUAAGAAAUCCAGAGGUAUCAACAAGGGUCACUUGUUCAACAACACCAAGGCUGGUAGAAGACACACCUGGAAGAGAAACAACACUUUGUCCUUAUGGAGAUACAGAUCUUAA